AUGUUUAAAAACAAUAAUUUUUGUAUAGAAAAGUGAAAACAAACACCCGCGCGGUUGAUUGUAGUAGAGAGGUUAGUUUGUUACUGAGUUGAAUUAGUAUACUUUUAAAAAGAAAGUACCACAUGUAUUGUAGUUUUCUAAAAGUAGUAGAUAGCCUACUAGGACCACUGUAAUAAUAAUCACUGAUAUUCAUUAUUAGCUUAUAAUAUUUAUAAAACAUAUAUGUAGUAGAUGUCCAUUGAAUAUUGAAUAUGGUAAAACGGAAGUGUUUGAGCUCAGCUGCUGCUCAGUGAGUGAGAUUGAAUGAUUGAUUGUAGUAGAGAGGUUAGUUUGUUACUGAGUUGAAUUAGUUUAAAAACCAUCGGGUAUUUAUAAUUACCAAAAAAAGUUAUUUUAUUUCACUACAGUGAAGAUGCUGCCUAGUCUGAAUCUCAUAAUAUAUACUCAGAUUCCCAUUUCUUAGAAAUAUGACCAUUGUGGUUUGAGAAGAAAUUUAAUUGAUUUUUACAUCUAAAAUUGGUUACAAACUUACCAAUUAUGUUUUUUUGGAUGAUGACCAGAACAUAUAACAUAGUGGUCUGUGUUAUUAUCAUCUAGAUAUCACUUAUUUGAUUAAAUCCACAUUAUAUACGUCGUUGAUAAAAAUUGUUUAUAUGUGGUUUAUUCAGUUUUAGAGGGUUUCUCAUUUUUUAAUUCUUUCUAUCUGUAAUUUCAAUCUCUUAGUUUAUCUCUUAUAUGUCAAUGAUCUCCAUUUAGAAACUUAAAACAAAAAUUAGUGUUAAUGUUAUGUUGCUGUUGCAGUUAUAUAUACAGGAAAAUUAAUAGAAAAUGAAACAUUGUAUUAUGACCACAAAAAGGGAGUGAUUUGUUUAGACAAAAAGUGUUUUCGGUCUUAGGAAUAUAAUCUUUUCAAGAUGUAAAUCAAGACUAAAGUAAAUUAAUUCUCUCCCUAUGGAAGAAUGAGGUUGACACUAAACUAAUAAUAAAUAAAGUGUUAGUAUGUUAAAUUUCGGUUUGUGAUGGACUUCCAAUUUAAAACUAACUCGUGAUAAAUUGAUUGAAUUGUAAAUAUUACUUAUGUCUCAUUUAAUAAAUUUUCGAUGUGGGAGUUUAUAUUUUCGCAUCUUCUCUCGAGAUGAUAGUUCUUAUAACUGUUAAUCUCGACAAUAUCUUAGUGUAGGAUUCAAUUUGGCCAGACCGUCGGACCAUUUGAACCAUGCUGGUUUAAGAUUGAUCAGGCUUCUUUCGAUGGGUCAUAUUGAUUUCAGUACAGUUGGGCAGAGUAUUCCCGGAUUCUGAUACCGUUUUAAAUUUAGAUAUUUUAUAGACUUUCAAUUUAAAAUCAAUUGUCGAUAAGUGAAUUGGUACAGUUUUUUUAAAAAGUAUUAUUUAUGUUCCAGUUCCUAUGUGGGAACUUAUAUUCUUAUGUAGUAUUCCAGUUAUUGUUAAAAAAGGAUACAAUGUAAGCACUGGGUGUUAAGUGCAUUGCCUAUAUAACUGAUAGGCAGCAGCGAGUCUACACCCAAAGUAUAGAAGAAAAGGACCAAAAAUUAUAAUGGGGCAAGUAGAGAUUGUUCUUAAUUCACUUCCUAUGAGUGGAGGAGAUGGCCCUGACAGCUACUCUAAGAAUUCCCAUCUGCAGAGAAGAUCAGCGAGUUUGUUGAGAGAGACAAUAGACAAACUGAUAAUGGAAAAAAUUGAUGCAAGAACCCUAAUCUCAUGCACCAACACGUUCCACAUAGCCGAUCUUGGUUGUGCAACUGGACCAAACACAUUCUUUCUCGUAGAAGACAUCAUCAAAUCCGUUGACACCAGCUUACAAUCAAACUCCACAAAACCAGACUUCCUCGUCUUCUUUAACGACCUCCCAAGUAACGACUUCAACACUCUCUUCACCUCUCUUCCUCCAGACCGGAGUUACUUUGCGGUCGGUGUCCCCGGUUCGUUCUAUAGCCGUAUUCUUCCUCAAUCCUCCGUUCAUAUUGUACUGACGGUGGGGGCCACACACUGGCUUUCAAGUGUUCCUAAGGAGGUCUUGGACAAAAGCUCCAAGGCGUGGAAUAAAGGAAAGGUUCACUACUCAAAUGCUUCGGAGGAAGUGGUCAAGGCUUAUGAAGAGCAGUUUGGUCGGGACAUGGAAAGGUUUCUAGAAGCUAGGGCUAAAGAAAUCGUGAGUGGAGGUCUUUUGGUUGUUGGAAUGUGUGGAAUUCCUCUAGGAAUGCCUUUCUCCAAUCUUGCCGACAGUAUCAUGUAUAAUUCCAUGGCUGAUGUUCUCAUUCAAAUGCAAUCCCAGGGUUUAAUCAGCGAAGAGCAAGUGGAUACGUUCAACGUACCGAUCUACUCGGCGUCGCCUGAGGAGGUAGCAGUCUUGGUAGAGAAAAAUGGCUGCUUCACUGUCGAAUUUAUGGAGCUGAUGGACCCCACGGCCUGGCUAAAACGGCCAAUGGACGUGGAGGAUGUGAGGCAAUGGAUUGUUUGCAUAAAGGCCACAAUGGGAUCUCUCUUCAUCAAUCAUUUCGGUGACCAUCUCCUCGAUGACAUCUUCGACCGUCUCACCACCAAGCUCGUCGGACUCACCGAGAAGGUUGAAUCUAGUUACCGUGAGAAAGUCAUGUUAUUCUUUGCGUUGAAAAGAAAAUGAAUUUUUAUUUGACAAGUUUUUUUUUGUAUGUGUGUGUUUUGUUUAAUGGUUUGAUUGGUUUAAUCCGGAAGAGGGGUCAGAUAUUGGGUAUACAGUUGUGUGUUUCGCUAAUAUGAAAUGUUUGUUUUUCUAA